UUCUCUUACUGAAAAAGAAAAGUGACAAAAAGACUGUUAAAAUGAGUCCAACAUUUUCCCUUGUAUCACCUAAGCCUUGUAAUAUCAGACAAGGAAAUGGUAAACAAUUCAUGUCACAAAACUCCUUUAAUCUUUCUACCAUGAGAUCAGAAGUGAUUAGUGUAUCUUCUUCUAUUAAGCCUCAAAAAUCUAUAAGAGCUGAACUUACUAUUAUGGCUCCUGCCAAGCAAAGUAGCAUACCUGUUUUUCCUGAAUUAACAAAACCAGGAAUUCCCUUCUUCGAUUUACGCUUACAAGAAGUUGUCAAAAGACAGUCUCAGAAGUCUCACAGCUUUGAUGUUGAUGAUCAAGCUCGAAGAAAGCCGCAGUUCCAUCCCAGCUUUCUUGAGGAGUCAUAUGAAAGGUGCAGGUGUAUUUGUGAAGAAUAUGCCAAGUCCUUCUAUCUAGGUACCAUGUUGAUGACAGAAGAAAGAAGAAAAGCCAUAUGGGCAAUAUAUGUUUGGUGUAGGAGAACAGAUGAGCUUGUUGAUGGCCCUAAUGCUGCUUACAUGAGCUCUGAAGUUCUUGACAGAUGGGAAGAGAGGCUUCAAGAUAUCUUCGAUGGACGGCCUUAUGAUGUGCUCGAUGCUGCGCUCACAGAUACUGUUUUCAAGUUCCCAUUAGACAUAAAGCCUUUCAGGGAUAUGAUUGAAGGUAUGAGGAUGGACACUAGAAAAUUUCGAUACGAAAACUUCCAAGAACUGUAUCUUUACUGCUACUAUGUAGCUGGAACUGUUGGGUUGAUGAGUGUUCCAAUAAUGGGAACUUCACCAGAAUCUUUGAUCUCUGUAAAGAGAAUAUAUGAUUCUGCACUCUACUUAGGAAUUGGCAAUCAAUUGACAAAUAUCCUAAGAGAUGUUGGAGAAGAUGCUAUAAGAGGGAGAGUUUAUCUUCCACAAGACGAGCUAGCGCAGUUUGGAUUAUCGGACAAGGAUAUUUUCUCGAGAAAGGUUACUGAGAGAUGGCGAGAAUUCAUGAAAGAACAGAUAACAAGAGCAAGAUUCUACUUCAACUUAGCAGAGGAAGGAGCUUCUCAGCUCGACAAAGCUAGCCGUUGGCCGGUGUGGUCAUCCUUGCUGUUGUACAGAAACAUUUUGGAUGCAAUUGAAGAAAAUGAUUAUGAUAACUUCACAAAAAGAGCAUUUGUAGGGAGAACUAAGAAGCUUCUCAUGUUGCCUUUGGCAUACACAAGAUCACUAUCAACACCAAACAUCAACAUCACUCCAUUCACCAAGUUGCUUAAGCAAUAAUAUGAUCAAUUGGAGUGAGAGUCUGUAAUCACCAAAUUUCAACAAUCACACAUUCACUAAAAACAUAUGUGUAUACUAUACUUAUACCUCUUUUAAUGGUGAAGUUGGAUCACCUUUGUAAAGAUUGUACACAUGGUUCCAAUUAAAGGA